AUGGGCCACGGAUCCAAAUUCUUGUUUCCGCUGCCGGGCCGGAAGCACAAGCCCGUGCAACAGCAGCCUCCGGCGGCCAAAACGGGGCCCCUCACCAAGGCGCAGAAAAUACUCGGCACGGGCGAGAUCAAUAUCGACUCCUCGCCAUCCCUUUCCGUCGACUCAAAGUGGACUUGGGAGUCACGGUCAGCCUCGGGCAUCAGCAUCUCCGUAUCCGAGGCGACGCCGAGCCAGACCGACGGAGGCGGGACCGGCCUGGGAAUCGCGCACGAAGAUGCGCCGGCUGUCUUUAGGGCCAGGCCCGAGCGCCGGUGGGAGGAAGAAUCCGAGAUAAUACCUAGGAACCUGAACAACCAGAACCACACGGCAGUGGGAGGCACAACCGACGCGUCGAGUCUUCGUCGACGCCAAUCGAGUUCCACCAUCACGUCGUACUACGACAAGUCGAAGCUUCCACUCUCGAUAUCCCAGCAGACUUCUAAUUCGGCCAUGGCGAAAGGACUCCCGCCCAAGGCGCACGCCCUCCUCGACAUGGAUGGCUUGGCCGAGACCAAGCCGAAGAAGAAGCCUACGAGGCUAGAUCUCUCGUCUCUGUUGCCCCGGUCAAAGUUCUCGAGACACCCAAAGCCGGAUUCACAGAAGGGCCCGGUGCUCAGCCCGGAAUCUAUAACCACAUCACCCUCUAUGAUGUCCAUGUCGCCGGAUACACCCCAGCCGCCGACUCCAAACAGGCUAGUGAGGAAGCCCAAGAAGAAGGCAACGAAAGAGUCGCUGCGGGAACUGCCUCCGGUUGUUGAAGCACAGCCAAUGCCCCAGAUCCAGCAACACCCUCCAGCCAGGCGUGACUUGGCAGCUGCGGGUGCGCUGGCUGGUGGGCGGCACAAUCCCAGCAAGUCCACGGUCAAUCUCUUCAACCUAUACGACCAUUACGAACAGCUGUCGUUCGCCGAUGUUUUGGAAAAGGAGAUAAACUCAGGGCCCAAUGCCGGCUUUGACCUGUCAUCCGAUCGCCAUAUCCCUGUUUACAAACCGCCGCUCGGCAACGGUUCCGACAGGGCGUUUCUGUCGCCUUUCCCGCCCAAUGGAAUCCGCUCUCCCUAUUCAUCCAAGCAGCCAUCCCCCUCGGGUGGCGCUUCCGACAUGCAAUUGGCUGGGGUUGUGAGCCCUUUGGGCCUCAUCUCACCACAUGCCGAUAGCGCCAGCAUCUCGAGCCGGCAUACAAGGACGUCCAAGGCCUCGAAACGGACAGACCGCAGCCUCACGGAUAUCGAUCUGCAGCAAAACAGCGUGCUCGCGCUUUCGUCCGACUCCGAGGAUGACAGUUAUGAGCCUUCGUCAAAAAGCUCUUUGGCGGUCCCGGCGUUGAGCGACGGGCAGACAAGUCCCACGAGCCCGCGCUCCGCCAUAUCCCAACGUUCCAUACCAGCCACUCCCCAGGAUACAAGCCGCCCAAAGAUGCCCAAGCGCACAAGCUUCGCGACGAACCCCCAGUUCCUGCCGAUCCCCGAAGGCGCAGCGGCAGCAAGCCCCCUAAAGAUUGGUUCCCGGUCGAGCUCCAUAUUGCCAAACUUUUCGACCAAGAAAGUAUCACCGUCGCUGUCACACCAGAUGUCGCGGCUCUCCAUCAACACGACAUCGACUUCUCGAACUGUCUCGUACGAAACCAUGCAAAACUCCGGCAGCCGCGAGGCCAAGGCGAUCAGCAUGGUGCCCAAGAGCAGCCCGUCGCAGCUCUCCAACUGGCUCGGAUCCGCCGAUAAACGCCUCGACAACUUUCCGACUCCCCCCAAACAUCGAGCCAACCGGCCGUCCAUAGCAUCCCAGGCGUCUGAUCAACCUACGCCGCCGCUGUCGCCGACCAGCGUCGACUUUUAUCUGCAAAGCCACCACACCUCCAUGGCAACCUUCGACGCUAGAUCAACCAGUAGCGGCAAAAGCCUCGGCGGAGGCGCGGUAAAGGGAACCCGUCGGAGCAGCGCCGCCAGCAGUUUGCAGGAUACCAGCAGCGGUCGCUUCAUGGCCGUCACGCGGCAAGAAGAGAUGCUAUUGGCGGCUCUUAGAUUGAAGCGGGCUCGGAUGCGCGAGGACAAAAUCUCCGAGUUUGAAGAGGAUCUAGAUAACGAGGACCACGUGCUGGAGCGUGAAACUACUAAUGAGAGUAGCAUCUACAGCAGUGGCAUGUCGAGGCAGUCUUCAAUGAGCACCAUGCGCAACGCGGAGACGGGAGCAGGAUCCCUGACUGCCCGGCCGCACCAGCAACCUCAAAUUCGACUCAGCAGCGGGUCGAGCGAGCACAGAACGGAAAAGGGAUCAGGCCGUGGACAGAUUCUGUUGAUGAUGGACCGGCCGAUGAAGAGCGCGUCAGCACUGGACACGGCGGAACCGAGCCCAGACCUCAGCGACUUUUUGGAAUUUGACGACAGCAGAGACGGGUUCCCGAUGCACUACUCUUCUUCCUCCGCUAGUCAAGGGGCGCAGAGCAGGAAGUCGAGCCCAGGGGCGAGUGCAGAGUCUAUGUCAGGGGCAUCGACCCAAGACCGAAACGCGACACCGGCUUCCACUUCUACGCGGGCCAAGCCACGCGGGAGGGGCGACGGCCUGUUGAGACAGAGCGACGACAAUGCCGAUACAAGAACGGGCACACGCCGAAGGGACGAUAGAGAUGCUCACGCUCGGAUACCCGAGAACGUUGCGGAGGAGGAAGACACCCAAAACGGCUUUCCACGCCCAGACUCGCCCAUCUCUCCCGAUGCCUUCCCCAUGCCCAACCCAAUUGCCAGGAAGAAGCAAGUUCGACUGAGCGCCGUUGGCAAUUACAAGCCCAAUGUUGAGGCCGGGUGGUGGGAUGACUCUGGCUAA